AUGUUCAUCGUGGAGUACAAUGCGCGGGGAUCAAUGUUCAUCGUGGAGUACAAUGCGCGGGGAUCAAUGUUCAUCGUGGAGUACAAUGCGCGGGGAUCAAUGUUCAUCGUGGAGUACAAUGCGCGGGGAUCAAUGUUCAUCGUGGAGUACAAUGCGCGGGGAUCAAUGUUCAUCGUGGAGUACAAUGCGCGGGGAUCAAUGUUCAUCGUGGAGUACAAUGCGCGGGGAUCAAUGUUCAUCGUGGAGUACAAUGCGCGGGGAUCAAUGUUCAUCGUGGAGUACAAUGCGCGGGGAUCAAUGUUCAUCGUGGAGUACAAUGCGCGGGGAUCAAUGUUCAUCGUGGAGUACAAUGCGCGGGGAUCAAUGUUCAUCGUGGAGUACAAUGCGCGGGGAUCAAUGUUCAUCGUGGAGUACAAUGCGCGGGGAUCAAUGUUCAUCGUGGAGUACAAUGCGCGGGGAUCAAUGUUCAUCGUGGAGUACAAUGCGCGGGGAUCAAUGUUCAUCGUGGAGUACAAUGCGCGGGGAUCAAUGUUCAUCGUGGAGUACAAUGCGCGGGGAUCAAUGUUCAUCGUGGAGUACAAUGCGCGGGGAUCAAUGUUCAUCGUGGAGUACAAUGCGCGGGGAUCAAUGUUCAUCGUGGAGUACAAUGCGCGGGGAUCAAUGUUCAUCACGGGAGAUGGGGAAGGAGGUGGGAGUGGGAGAGGGACAGGGCGAAGGAGGAGGGGAGGGAGGAGGAGAGGAGCAGGAGGAGAGGAGAGGGAAGAGGGGAGAGGGAGGAGCAGAGAGGGAGGAGCGGAGAGGGAGAAGAGGAGAUGGAGGAAGGGGGGAGGGAGGAAGGGAGAGGGGAGGAGGAGAGGGGGAGGAGGGGAGGGGGAGGAAGGGAUUGGGGGGGGAGGGGAGGGGGAGUUAAGGAGAGGGAAGAGGGGAGAGGGAGGAGGUGAGUGGAAAAGGGGAGAGAAGGAGGGGAGGAGAGGAGGGGAAGGGGAAGAGGGGAAGGAGAGGAGGGGAGGGGGAAGAGGGGGGAAGAAGGAGAGGAGAGAAGAGGAGAGGAGGAGAGUAAAGGAGCAGAGAGGAGAGGAUGGGUGGGCGGAAGGGUGGGUGGGAGGGAGAGAUGGAAGGAAGAGGUUAGGUGGUGUGGAACAGUAUGGCGCACAAACCUGGAGAGAGGUGAUGGGCAGAGGAGGAACGAUGGAUGGUGAGGUGUUGGGCAGAGGAAAGAUGGGUGGUGAGGUGUUGGGCAGAGGAAAGAUGGGUGGUGAGGUGAUGGGCAGAGGAGGAAAGAUGGGUGGCGAGGUGAUGGGCAGAGGAGGAAAGAUGGGUGGUGAGGUGAUGGGCAGAGGAGGAAAGAUGGGUGGUGAGGUGAUGGGCAGAGGAGGAAAGAUGGGUGGUGAGGUGAUGGGCAGAGGAGGAAAGAUGGGUGGUGAGGUGAUGGGCAGAGGAGGAAAGAUGGGUGGUGAGGUGAUGGGCAGAGGAGGAAAGAUGGGUGGUGAGGUGAUGGGCAGAGGAAAGAUGGGUGGUGAGGUGAUGGGCAGAGGAAAGAUGGGUGGUGAGGUGAUGGGCAGAGGAAAGAUGGGUGGUGAGGUGAUGGGCAGAGGAAAGAUGGGUGGUGAGGUGAUGGGCAGAGGAAAGAUGGGUGGUGAGGUGAUGGGCAGAGGAAAGAUGGGUGGUGAAUGGGGGCUGAAGGGCAUUGGGACAUGCAGCAUAAGACCGAAGGUGGUUGGAAUGGGAAGCACUGGCUUGAGAUGA